UCGUAGCAAUGCAGAGCAUUUUCAUCGUGUGAAUCGUUCUUGUUUUUCUUUCUCAUCGCACGUUCUUUAAUUGAAAAAAAAAAAAAAAAAAAAUAUCUAAACCUAAUUAAAGUGAAGCUAUAAAACUAACCACAUCGAAAGUACCAUCUCAGUUCUCAUUAGUUCUUUUUUGGAAAGUUCAUUGAUACAUUCGUGGCCGUUUGAUUUGGUGGUAUUCUUUAUUUGAGAGCAUCAAAUUUUGGUGUGUGGUUGGAAAAAAAUUCGUGGAACACAGUGUUAUGAUACAGAGUCGCAGAAGAGCGAGAAGCGCGUAAAUGCCUUGUAGUGUGUGGAAACGUAUAUGAUUAUUUGUGCGAGAGCAAGCGAAAAGCAUGAUGUGUUAUGCGCUCAUAUACAUUCAUCCAUAUUGAUGAAUUGAGAUGAAUUUCGCUUUCUUCUCUUGUUUUAUUCGACAAUAGAUGAUAUAAUAAGCUUUUGAAGCGUCAAAAAAAAUAUUUUGAAGGCGAGCGCAGAACAUGCUCUUUUGAAUGAUAAAAAAAGCUUUAAGCAAAUAAAACUAGAAAAAAUAACAGAGAAUACGAAGACAAAGUGUUUGUAAUAGAAAGUAGCGCGAAUGUCGACACUAUUUGCCUGUGGUAUUUCGAGAGUCGAACAAACAAACAAAAAAAGAACUCAUUAAUCUGUGAGACGACUGUGUGUAUGUUACGGAUGAAACAAAUAUAUAUAAUACAUAUAUAUGUUGUGUGUUGUUCUUCGCAUAUACAUUGUAAAAGUUAAAUCGGGGGAGAGGUGAAAAGGACAGUUUUACACUAUUUAACCACGUCGUCAUGUACUAGAUGUGCACAUACUCCAUGUAUUAUUGUUUCCGUGUAACCAUUCGCUGACAUAGAAAAAGUAGCACUCAUUCCAUUAUAAACAAUUCGUUCACUACGCGUAUAAAUCACGUUUUACCAUCGUAUACUCCGGCUGCGUCACAAAUUCACAUCGCGUUAGUUGUAGAAGCCACAUAAAAUCCAACGACUAGAAAUAGUCACUAUCUCGACUUGAGUGAAGAAGUGAGAAAAAAAGGUUAUAAACAUGAAACCGAAUCCAAGUCCGAAUCAAAAUCCAAAUGCAAGGAAUGAACCACAACAACCCUUAGUUACAACGCCCACGAAAAAAGUAACUUUGCAACCAAAAGGUGGAGAUGAGGAGUUGGUCGCAUCGUCGCCAAGUCAACGAAAUUGGCGUGGUAUUUUUAUUGCAUUGCUGGUUAUAGCGGCCGUUUUGGGACUAAUUGUGUUUUCGAUAGUAUUGCUAUCGCCAGAGGAUGAGGGUUCACGAGUAAAGGGUAGGCGACUUACGUUAGGAGAUAUAAAUGAGAAUACAUUAAAAUGGAAAGCGUUCAACGGAAGCUGGAUAAGUGAUUAUGAGCUUGUUUACAGAGACCCCACCGGAGGGCUUUCCAUACUUAGCACAAACAAUUUGUCAACUAGAAUUCUAAUGACAAAUGCCACAUUUAGACAAUUAAAUGCUGAGAGAUUUUUAGUAUCGCCCGAUUUAAAUUUCGUAGUGCUCAUAGCAGAUAUCGAUGAUGAUGGUGCUAAACAUUAUAUUUACGAAGUAAAUACACGAAACAAAUUCCCAUUAACACCAAAAGUGGCUGAAAGAAAUGUGCCAAAGUUACAGCAUGCCACAUGGGCCCCGAAAGUGGAAAGCAGCACGAGUAAUCCAUCACAGGCAAUUGCGUUUGUGUACGAUAAUGAUUUGUAUUACAAACCAAAGGUUGAGAGUGAUCUGGUGUGUCGGAUAACACAUACCGGUAAAACAGGUACAAUCUACAAUGGCGUUGCGGAUUGGUUCUAUUCUCAUAUACCCGAUUUGAUAAGCGACACAGUUGCAUUCUCCACCGAUGGCGCAUAUCUGUCCUAUUUAUCAUUCAAUGACACUGCAGUUAAUGAGUAUAAAUAUUCAUAUUUGCGGGACGAUUUAAAAUAUCCGGAAAUUAAGUCGAUUCGCUAUCCAAAGGCUCAAACGAAGAAUCCAAAUGUAACGGUGCACAUUGUUGAUUUGACAGUUUUAAAAUUCAUCAAUCAGAUAACAAUCAUUUCACCACUUGCUGGCGAUGACAACUAUGUCGGUCAAAUGGUCUGGAUUUCGGCCACUGAUAUUUCAAUUACAUUCACCAAUCGCAAUCAAACGAGUACAUCGACCGUUUUGUGUCGUGCGCCCACAUUCCGAUGCCGUGAGGUGUUCAAUGAAUCAAUUGUUGACAAUGGAUUUGUGCUUCCAAACGAUAAAACAAUCUUUUCGCGAACCGAAGCAUAUUUUCGACAUUCGAACUUUGUUGAAAACAAAACGAAAAACACAUUUGAAUCGGAGCUGGACGCAUAUGAAUUUAAAUAUCUGUCAGAACUUGGGCCAACGCAUGGUAUGUUGAAGAGAUUGCCCGUACGUGAUGGUGAAAAUGGAUAUUUCAGACAUUUAGUAUUCAUUUCGACUACGGAUAUGCGAACGAUACCGUUGACCAUGGGACGCUAUGAAGUUACUGAAAUCGUUGGUUGGGAUGAGAAAAAUGAAAUCGGUAACCAAAUCGUCUAUUUUAUGGCCACACCACCAAACAAACCUGGACAACGUCAUCUUUAUAAUAUCAGUUUGAAAUUGAAUGUAACACAAAAUAUGAAUCGAAUUUAUCUAGUGGCAUCACAGCCAAUGUGUUUGACGUGCAAAACAAAUAAUUUAAAAUUACAACCGAUCAAAAAUGUUCAACCAGUUGGUGAAACUGCACAAUCGUUUACACCAAACGAUUUGUUUUCGAGUGAUGGCGAGAAAAAUAUGACAUCGCUACUUGAUAUGUUACCCGAUAUUAUGGAGGAUGAUGACGACGAUGGCAAUCGUAUUCCAAACAAUUGUCUAUUCAACAAAAUCUAUUUCAGCAAAAAUUUCAGCCACUAUGUUCAGGAAUGCUUGGGACCCGACACACCAUCAACCUAUUUGGUGGAGACAGCUACAAAUACAAAGGUUGCACUUUUGAAUGGCGGCGAUGCACUUCGGAAACGUAUACGCGAAGUGGCCGCACCCCAAGUGCGAACAUUUAGCGUUGAAAUUCGACAUGGUUUUCUGGCACAAGUUCGACUUUUCUUACCACCUGGAAUGAAGGAGGACGAAGAAAUCGCUUUUCCAUUGAUUUUGCAUGUCGAUUCGUCGCCCGGUUCUCAGCUUGUUUCGGAAGAAUUCAAAGUGGAUUGGAAUUGGUAUGUGAGCAGUCAAAGGGGAAUGAUUGUUGCGCAAAUUGAUGCUCGAGGCACCGCUUGUCAAGGGGAACUUCUUCGAUCAGCCAUUAAGAAUAAUCUUGGUUCGGUGGAAAUUGAGGACCAAUUGGGUGUGCUCAAAUAUUUGCGUGACAAUUUGAAAUUCAUUGAUCCGACAAGAAUAUGUGCGUAUGGUUGGGGCUACGGUGGAUAUGCAGCCACAAUGAUUUUGGCUGAAGAUUCGCAACGCAUUCUUCAAUGUGCUUUUGCUGUCAACCCAAUUGUUUCAUUUGCUUACCACAAUUCUUAUUUCACGGAACGUUAUAUGCCAUCUGGCUUCGAAUAUCAACGUGCCAUUCAAGAUUCGGAUCUCUCGACAAAAGUUGGAAACAUUGAUAGUCGCAAUUUUCUCUUAAUCCAUGGCACGGCUGACACAUUAGUUCACGAACAACAUUCCCUAAUACUGACCAACUCCCUCACAAAAGAAUUCAUUGGCUUUAGACAUCAGAUCUACACAAACGAAGGUCAUUACAUGAAAGGAGCCUUAUUACAUUUGUACAAAACAGUUGAUUGGUUUUUGGAUGAAAGCUUUGGACCAUCCGACCUAUCCGAAUGGGAGCCCACCGGAUUCUUUGCGUUCAAACAGUAGGAGACGCUGAAUACACCAUGUAAAUGUUAGCAUUGAAUGUGCUUCUAAUAGGUGUUAAAUGGUUGUUGCCACAAAUAAAAACAGAAACAAAACCAAAUAAAUCUGAAAUCGAAUGCUGUGUAGAAUGCAUUACACAGCAAGAAAAGCAUAAUUAGUGAUUUGUUUCUAAAUCCAUAAAGCAAUUCAACCCGAUUUUAUCAAGAGAUUCCACAUACACAAACACACAUAAAAGUUUCAAAUCACAUAUUGAAUGUUAUUCUAGUAACAAAAUGCUAAACGUACCAAAAAAAUGUAGUUACCAAACUAGAUCAAACAGCCUAAAAGUAUUUUUAUUGAUAUGGCCAGAGAAAAUAAAUGAAAUUCUUUGCAGGUAACUCACGACAAAAAAAAACAAUGUUUUAUUACGUUUAAAAAAAUGAAAUUAAAAGAGAAGAAACAAAAUGAUGUUCAAUAUUUGAAAACCCAAAAAAAUAUUUUAUUAUAUCAUAUUUAUUUGGAAGACAAAAAGACAGAUUGCCUGUAAUAAACAAAAAUUGUUUUUGCCAUUGUUAUUUAUCCAUUUUUAUUAUUUAACAUAUGGUUCUUUGUAAUCCAGGUCAAGGAAAAACAAUCGUUUAAAUUUCGAAAAUAAUUAGUUGUUGAUUUUCAUAAUAUGAAUUUAAUACGAUAUGAAUUUUAUGCUCACGAAAUUUAAAAGAUAUUAUAUUUACAAACAAACGUCUACCUAUUAUGAAUAGCAGAUUAUAGUUUAGUUUUAUGUAAGAUGAUCUCUCGUUUCUAUUCCUUGUAUUCAGGUGUAAAGAGGAAAAUUUAAAAAAACCAGGCAGAUGCAAAUUUUACACUAAUGAGAAAUGCCACUGUAGAAAUGUCUACCUGAAUUU